AUGCCCGUGUCAAGGAUGAGGAUGAGGCCAUGGCUGGAGAAGAUGAUCGAAUCCAACUCGAUCACUGGUCUGAGCUGGGUGGACAAGGUAAGAGGCUUUAUACUGGUUAAAAAAAUGUGAAGUACAGUGCAGUGAGUAGGCUGCCGGACUUUGAAAUGUUGGUUUUGCAGAGUGGCAGGUGGGAAAUAGACCAUGCAAAGCUGCUCUAUAAUUAACCUCACUAGUUAAUUUUACUCUGAGGGUAUUGUUUAUGGCAAAGUAAAGUUUGAAAUCUCUAAGCAGACUAAAACCUGUUUGGUUACUGCCCUAGUAUCAUAAAACUAUUAAAGAUGACCACAAACAUUAGAUACUCACUUUGACUCGCAGCUUCUUGUCCUCUUUGUCCUCUUUUUUAAUGUGUUCGUCCAGCUUCAUUGCAACUCAAGUAUUUCCUCUCUGAUUUUCUCCAGGAUAAGACGAUGUUCUCCAUUCCCUGGAAGCAUGCAGCUCGACAUGGCUGGGAAAUGGACAAAGACGCUUGUCUUUUCAAACAAUGGGCCAUCCACACAGGUGAGUGAGAGUGAAUACAGAUCAUAAAACAGUAUGUUUUUUUUUUAAUAUGCAUACUUAACGAAAUGCAUUUUACAGGAAAAUAUGUCGAAGGUCAGUCCUCUGACCCCAAGACAUGGAAAGCCAACUUCCGUUGCGCGAUGAACUCACUGCCUGACAUCGAGGAGGUGAAAGACAGGAGUGUUAACAAAGGUCACCAAGCUGUGCGUGUCUUCAGGAUGUUACCCUCCACACCUAAAUCGAGAGGUGAGACAACUGACAGGAAGCAAGCAUUGGUUUUAUCACGCUUAUCACCCGAGAUGUGCAGCUUCUAUGAGCUGAUCUUCUCUCUCGUUUUUAUCUCUGAAGAUGUCUAAUUUAUAUCUAUUUUUCUCUUAUCUGCACAGACAAGCGAUGCAAAGACAAGGAUGCAAAGCGAAGGAAGAAGGUAAAUAGACCUGCAGCAGAUAUUUUGAUGUUACAUUUCAGUGACAAACUUUAAUUACACCUCUGACAUGUUUGAAUGUCGGGGCAAUCUUAGCUUCAGAACUAAUCAUGUCACUUUAUGACUCUGCAGACUACACUCAUCAAGGUGGAGGAAGACAAGGACUACAGUGACACCCAGUCCACCCAGGAGAGCACAGUCGACAGCACAGUGCACCUCGAGCAGCAAGGUGAGGAAGGAAAAAUAUUUUAGUUGAAGAAUAAACUCAGAUACUAAGCUGCUAAGUUUUUCCUUCAAAACUGAAGUUGGAAGUGUUUUUAACUUUUGUCUUUCUUCACUUUUACAGAUCUAGAGUGCAUGUCGCCAUCCGAAGUUCCAGAUUGGUCUCUUUCAGUCGAGAUCGGGUCUGACUUUUCAAGCAGCUUUCCACACAAGUUUGAAGUUUCACCCGACCACAGCACUGGUAAGACAUCAUUUAAAACACUCUUCUCAGUUAUCAAAUAUGUUUUAACACAAGUGGAAUAACAUAAACUCAAAAUAGACAUGUGCAUAACAAAGUUCUCUUCUUUCCUUUUUUUCUCUCCCUCUCUCUUCGAUCUGAUCUUCCAGAGUACGACGAAAUUAUCGAGGUAAGCAUCACUUUAGGCCACUGCUUUUACUGCAUGCAUUUUUCAUUGUCAGGAAUACCCGUGUUUGUCUUAUUCUGCCCGUUUGGCUUUUGUUAAUGCUAUCCAGUAAUACCAAUUGUUUGAUGUGGGGAGAAACUCACAGACAUAGCCAUACUUAGUCCAGUGUUGCUCUUUCAGAUUUGCCAACAACUGGAGAGAGAAACACAUUGGAUGUCGAGCAGUUUAGACCACAGGGGGUUCCUGAGCAAUGAAAUGUGUGGCAGUCCUGGAAGCCAGUGGAGUGAGUCCUCAGGUAAAUGCUGCUAUCAAUAGGUCACCCUUUCUUGUCACACGAUGCAGUGAGCUGAAAUAAGUAGAUAAAGACACACUUCAGGUGAAAAUCAGCUCAGAUCUGUUUCACAAACUGUAAAAAAAUUCCUGUAUUUGUUGUUACUCUGAACUAAAUUGGAAGGAAAUUGUAUUUAAUGGAAUUAUUUAAUCCACGACAUCAGAGUUUAAAGUUGAGUAAUCCUAAUUGUUAUUGAUGGCUCUUUGAGUAAAAAAUAAUCUCAUAUUUGUAACAUUAACUGACUCAGAAAUGAAGGAUUAAUGCAUGGUGCUGAGAUAAAAUGACAAAUCCUACAUUUCCCAUCAUGCAUCAGUCACACACUCAACAAUGACAUGACUGUGACUUAAAAUACUUUUCUUCUGAGCUACUGUUUGAUAUUUUCAUCACCCUAACCUUUGAUUUCCUGUCUUUUCAGUAGAAGAGCUAGACGAGUUACCACAAUACACAACUCUGGGCGCAGACUUCAACAGUCCAACAGACGCCCUCUGGAGCACCCUUUCCUUACAGAUGAACCCCAUAUUCUGA